AACAAAUUAUUAAACUCAUGUGACUCUUUAAUCGUCUCGUGCUGCUGCUGUUUGUGCGAGUGUUGCGUGCGCUCUGAUCAAGCGUUCAGUUGGUGGAAGGAAGAGCCGUUUCACGGACGCAAAGCGACGGCAAAAGAAGUGCUUCUUCUACAGUUCAAUCCGUGAAGAAAGGAACGAAAACAGUGAGAUUUAAUAUAUAUUAAAAAGGUGGUGGAAUAACAAAAUUCAAGAGCGAUGGGGGCGAUGUUCAGGAGCGAGGAGAUGGUCCUCGCGCAGCUCUUCAUCCAACCGGAGGCUGCGUAUCCAUCGAUGUCCGAGUUAGGAGAGUUGGGAACUGUGCAAUUCAGAGAUUUGAACGAAGAUGUGAAUUCGUUUCAAAGGAAGUUCGUGAAUGAGGUGAGGAGAUGCGAUGAGAUGGAGAGGAAGCUGAGGUACAUUGAAGCGGAGGUGAAGAAGGACAGCGUCCCGAUACCUGAUGUGCAGGAACUACCGAAAGCUCCGAAUCCGAGGGAGAUUAUCGAUUUGGAAGCGCAUCUGGAGAAGACCGAGGGUGAAAUCAAGGAGUUGUCCGAGAGCGCUGUUAACAUGAAGUCUAACUACUUGGAGUUGACCGAGUUGAGGCAAGUGCUGGAGAAGACGCAGACGUUCUUCGUUGAGCACGAAGAGACCAACGGGAUGGAUUCGGUGCACAGGGCUUUGAUUCCUGAAGAUACUCACAACGUAUCGAUUCGCGGUAGACUUGGAUUUGUCGCCGGAGUGGUGAAUCGCGAGCGCGUCCCUGCGUUCGAGAGGAUGCUGUGGCGCAUCUCCAGAGGAAACGUUUUCUUGCGUCAAGCGGAAAUCGAUAAACCGUUGGAGGAUCCGGCUACUGGUAACGAAAUGCACAAGACCGUUUUCGUCGCCUUCUUCCAAGGUGAGCAGCUGAAGAGUCGCAUCAAGAAGGUGUGCAUCGGGUUCCACGCGUCCCUUUACCCCUGUCCGAGCAGCAUCAGCGAACGUGACGAGAUGUUGAAAGGAGUCAAGUCGCGUUUGGAAGAUUUAAAUUUGGUGUUGAAUCAAACUGAGGAUCACCGUCAGCGCGUUCUAAUCAGCGUCGCCAGGGAGUUGCAAAACUGGAGCGUCAUGGUGCGCAAGAUGAAGGCCAUCUACCACACGAUGAACUUCUUCAACAUGGAUGUCACGAAGAAGUGUUUGAUCGGCGAAUGCUGGGUUCCGGUGAAGGACAUCUCAGUCGUGCAGAAGGCGUUAACAGAUGGUUCGAACUCGUGCGGUAGCUCCAUCCCGUCCUUCCUGAACGUCAUCAGCACGACGGAGAAUCCGCCGACCUUCAACAGAACCAACAAAUUCACCAGAGGAUUCCAGAAUCUGAUCGAUUCCUAUGGUGUCGCUUCGUAUCGCGAAUGCAAUCCGGCUCUGUACACGAUCAUCACGUUCCCGUUCCUCUUCGCCAUCAUGUUCGGCGAUUUGGGUCACGGUCUGGUCCUCCUCAUCUUCGGCGCUUACAUGUGCGGCUUCGAGAAGAAGCUGUCCGCGAAGAAGACCGACAACGAGAUCUGGAACAUCUUCUUCGCAGGUCGCUACAUCAUUCUGCUCAUGGGCAUCUUCUCCAUUUACACCGGUUUCUUCUACAACGACGUCUUCUCCAAGUCGAUGAACAUCUUCGGCAGCACCUGGACCGAAGACAUAAAAUCCUAUAACUGGACGACCGUCGAGAUGAACGAAGCGAUGGAGCUGAACCCGACGACGGACGCCUCAGCAAUCCCGUAUCCGGUUGGGCUGGACCCCGUCUGGCAGUUGGCCAAGAACAAGAUCAUCUUCUUGAACUCGUACAAGAUGAAACUUUCGAUCAUCUUCGGCGUUUUGCACAUGAUCUUCGGCGUCUGCAUGAGCGUCAUCAAUUUCGUGCACUUCAAGAAGAUCAGCAGCAUCUUCCUGGAAUUCCUGCCCCAAAUACUCUUCCUCAUCUGUCUGUUCGCCUGGAUGGUCGUCAUGAUGUUCCUCAAGUGGGUCUUCUACACGGCUCAAGGAACUGACGUUAAAUUCGGCACUUCUUGCGCCCCAUCCGUCCUCAUCUUCUUCAUCAAUAUGAUGCUCUUCAAGGAGAACGAUGCACCGAAAGGAUGCGACGUCUACAUGUUCGACUUCCAGCCGAUCCUCCAGAAAAUCCUCGUGUUCAUCGCGCUCCUCUGCAUUCCCAUCAUGCUCCUGGGCAAACCGAUUUUCGUGAUGAUCUCAAGGAAAUUCAGCAAGAAACACUGUCACAGCAAUGGUGACAUCAAUCAGGGCAUGGAACUGCAGCCCGAAGUUGUCGAGGAACCCAAACAGUUGGAGGGUCACAACGAGCACGAGGAGGAGCCGAUGGGAGAGAUCUUCAUCCACCAAGCAAUCCACACCAUCGAAUACGUGCUCAGCACAGUCUCCCACACUGCCUCUUAUCUGCGUCUCUGGGCUCUCUCUUUAGCUCACGCCCAGCUAUCUGAGGUACUGUGGAACAUGGUCCUGAAGAUGGGCCUCAGCGACCCAUCGUUCGUUGGCUCCAUCAAACUCUACAUAGUCUUCGCCUUUUGGUCCGUGCUGACGCUCGGAGUCCUCGUCAUGAUGGAAGGUCUCAGCGCUUUCCUUCACACCCUGCGUCUCCACUGGGUCGAAUUCAUGAGCAAAUUCUACGCCGGUUUGGGCUAUCCCUUCCAGCCGUUCAGCUUCAAAAUAAUCUUGGAAGAGGACGACAACGAAGAAGAUUAAUUACAAACAAAACAACAA